AUGCGCUCUGUAAUAUUUUUUUUCAAGUUACUUCUUUUAUCGCAAAUAUUUUAUAUAUGCCGGUUUUCUGAUAUAACAUUAACAAGCAUCAUUAAUAUUCUAUCAUUACCAACUGCAGCAGAACAAGAGAAAGCAGUUGCAAAUUAUUCAUGGAAUAGGCAAAAAAUUAUAUCAACAAUUUUAGAUUAUAAUAUUUAUUCAGAAUUUGAUCCACCUGAUAAUGGAAUAAAAAUUAGUAGUAUACUUAAUAUUGAUAAAAUUACAACUUUGAAUGAAUCUGAACAAUCUGUCAAUCUUCAUGGAAGUUAUUUAUUUUCAUGGAAUGAUAGAAGAUUAAGAUGGAAACCAAAUGAUUAUGGUGGUGUAGAAGCUGUUGAUAUAUAUCAUGCUGAUGGAGGACGUAUAUGGAUGCCACAAUUAAGAUUAGCUAAUGUUAAGAAUUUUUAUCAAGAUAUUAUAACACCAUAUUCAACAUCAUUUACUGUUAGAAAAGAUGGAAGAGUUUUUGGAGUAACAAAAAUUGCUGUAAAAGCUUAUUGUAGUUCUUAUUUUAUAGAUUUUCCACAUGAUUUUCAAAUGUGUUCAAUGAGAUUAUAUUCACCAAAACGUUUUACCUAUCAAAUUGACUUUGAAGAAAAUCCAUUAAUAUGGGGACAAUAUAACGGUAAACCUGGUAGAAUUACACGCUUAGAAACAACUGGAUAUGCUUUAACAUCAGCUAAUUGUACAAAGAAAAUUGUUAGUAUUUUUAGAUCAGCACAUCCACUUUCUGAAACAACCGAUCCUAAAAUGACUCAAAGUUUUAUUGACUAUAGUUUCAAAUUUGAACGUAAUUUUAAUAUUUAUGGUUUAAUAUUUUUAUGGCCAAUGACAUGUACUAUAAUAUUUACACAUGUUGCAGGAAGUUUCAAUAGUACACUACAUUCAAUGAUUUGGUUAAUGGCAAGUUUAUGCUUUCAAUAUCUUAACUCAUCAAGAUUAUUAAAUUUAAUACCUCCACAACAUGAUGGAAUGCCAUUUUGUUUAACAUUUGCACAUUUUAUGAUGAUUGAAACAAUAGUAUUAUUUUUUUGUAGAAUUUUACUAAAUAUUUUUGAAAUUAAAAGUAAAAUUAAUAAAAGGAUAAUGAAAACAAAACCAAAAAAAGAAUUAAUGAGUAUAGAAAUACAACAUAAUUUAGAAGAAGGUGGUAUAGUUAAAGAAAAAACAAUUGAAGUUGUAGAUUAUCUACAAAAUAAUUAUCAUUUACCAAAAAGAUGUUUUCAAAUAUUUUUAGUACUAUAUACUAUUAUCAUUUUAUAUUACAUCCAUACCAAAAAUAAUAGAUAA